CUGGCAAUUGCUGCUUAAAAAUCAACUCUCGUUUCGACCAGGUCUGAGAAUCAACCAGUGACUCAUUCAUUGCUCACCAGCUUUGCUACUUUAACAGCCUGAGGAACCGUGGGCCCGUUCUACCUGUCAUCCAAGCCUUGUUGUUCUACAUCUUAAUUGGAUUCACCAUCUUAGCGAUCCGCCCUUGGACGACACAUCGAUGGAGCUCCCUUACACCACCGUCGACGUCUUCACAGACAAGCCCUUUGAGGGCAACCCCCUAGCCAUUGUCACGAUCCCGGCCUCGACGUCCCUGACGCAGGCGCAGAAGCAAACCAUUGCCAGAGAGUUCAACUACUCCGAGACGACCUUUGUGCACGAAGUCGACGACCCCGCAUCCACGGAGCGACGCUUCGACAUCUUCACGCCGACCGCGGAGCUUCCCUUUGCGGGCCACCCCACCGUCGGCACGGCUAUCUUUCUCAAGUCCCGCGGCGUCAAGAAGCUGAUUGCAAAGGCCGGGCCCAUCGAGAUCCAAGAGACGGGGCCCGAGUCCGUACGGGCCGCCAUCCCGCACAACACCCGUCUACACCAGAAGCGGCUGAAGGACCUCGGGCCCGGCCCGUACAGCGGUUCGGUAGCAGAACUUGCCAAAGCGGAGGUCGAAGCGCCCGUCUUCAGCAUCGUGAACGGCAUGACGUUUGCGCUUGUGGAACUGCCCUCGCUGGCAUCGUUGGCGUCUGCCAAGAUUGGGCCCAUGGAGUUUCGCCAGCAGGAGCUUCUGGACGAGGGUUGGCGUGAGACGUUUAUUUCGCGGUACUACUUUGUGCGGCUGGGUGCCGAGACGAUUGAUGGACGUGUUGUGCACAAGAUCAGGACCCGUUUGAUCGAGCCUGAUCUGGAGGAUCCUGCUACAGGUAGCGCUGCCUGCGCUCUUUCGAGCUAUCUGAGUUUGCACGAGCUGUCUGAAGAUUCCCUCAGCUUUGAGAUCACACAGGGAGUGGAGAUGGGUCGGAGGAGCAAUAUUUAUAUUGACGCGAAGCUUGAACGGGGCGCGGAUGGUGCGCGAAAGCUGGAGACGCUGCAUCUUGGAGGAACGAACAUGUGUCCAUCAGCGUCAUUGAACAUGUAGAUGAAUGUGUACAAGAAACGAAAACCGAUAUAGC